CCCGACCGAGGGCGAAAAAGUGUCACUGUGUCAAGAUCCUCGAGUUCUAAAAAAGGGCGGCACAUCACAAUUCCCAUCUGCCUACCCUACUCGGUACAUACUCUUUUAUCGCCAUAUUCUCCCCUCGCCUCCCCGUCGCCGAUUUCUCUACUCUGUCUGCGAGCCUCUGUUUCCCAAGAUGUUCGACGUAGACUGGCUGAGCCUCGCGCUCCCAUUUGCGUACAUCACCGUUCUCGGUGGCUCGCUCUACACCUUUUCCACCAUCUACAGAAAGCGAAAGGCUUCGCAAAACGCCAACCUCGAGCCAUGGUUUCCGACGCAUCUCCAACGAAAUAUUUAUCUGACACUACUUCACAUGGAACCCGAAGCUGGCCAAGAGAAGGCACCCAAAGUCCCCGAUAGCGUCAUCCGGGCGGCCCUGCUGCGGAGGGCCGUCGAGGACAUCCACCGCAUCAUCCAGAUCCGCACGUCGAAGCAAGCACUGAACACACUGCUGCAGAGGGGCAGCGUGGGCGACGAUCUGAACCAGCGAUUCCUAAGAGCCGAGAAGGAGAUCGAGGAGGAGCUUCGAGACGUGGUCUCAGAGGCGAAUGCACUCGCUCCCGGCUGGGGACAGAUCAUCUUCCAAUCCGCCAACGAGAUUGCCGCCAACACGAUGCUGCGCGGCCGGCUCGACGAGAUCGAGCAGCGAGCUGCCACGGAUAAGGAGUGGUGGGAGAAGCGGCGCGCGGCCAUCCAGAAGGACUUCAUGCGGGAACUCGACGAGGAAUCGUCCACCAAGGACUCUACGAAGAACACUAGCGACGACGACGGAGUGCUGGUCGACUCGGGCACGCCUGCAUCCACACCGAGGGGCUCCAAGAAGAAGGGGGCGAAGAAAUGAGCGGCCCGCUGUCCCUCCCUGGUCACGCGCUAGGGCGGUGGGAGGCGGGUUAUUUGCGGCCGGUUUUACCAUCUUGUACUACUGCUAUAAAGUCGACGGCAUUCCACAUCCGGCGUUCAGGUGUAUGGGUCAAAAAGGGUCGAGGUGCAAGAGCACACCCGUAUUUACGUAGACUACGCAGGCCGCGCGGUGGCUUGCACAGGUUAUAGGUGGUGUUGUAUUGUAGUGAUUUGCGUCAGGGUUCCAAGAAUCAGACAGACCCGGAUGGCGGUGGCUCGGCCUGAUUAUUGAUUCGGCCGAAGUGCGCCGUAUGUACGUGUAUACACGUACGCCCAUGACUCCCGUGUCCCUGCGACCGACCUCGGAAACUCCCCUUAUCGAGGUGAUGUCGAGUCCUGUCCUGUUGGUUUGCAGUAUUGCCAUACAGGCUUGCGUGUUCCAGCCGUGCUACCUGCAGUAUGUUACC